AUGGAUUAUAUUGGAUUUGCAUACUCAGCUUUAGUUGCCGGUGGAGGAAUUUUUGCUUUAUGCAUUCCUUCAACAUGCACACAUGAAGAACUUCAACAUGUUUUACAGCAAAAACUCAAAACGUUUGUCAACAGUUCGAUCAUUAAUUUUGAUGUUGAAGUUAAGAAAGAAAUGUGCCAGAUAAGAGAAGAAAGCAAGGAAUACGAUUUAGGGACUAAAAUUGCUUUAUAUUUCGUUGCAUUUAUUGCAUUAAUUGCUUUACUCUCGACGUUAUAUGAAACAUAUUCAGCAUCUGAAAAUCAAAAUGAAUGGUUGACAGCAUUUUCUUUAAAAAAGAAUUUAGAGGACAUGAUGUCGAUUGAAGUUCCGAAAGGCGAUAUUGCAUCACCUCACGGUGUCAGAUUCUUCCGCAUGAUUAUUUUGAUACUUUCACAUAGAUCAAUGGAAGUUGAAUUUAAUCCAGUGGCAAACAGAACUCAAAUGUCACAAAUGAUUAAAUCUCCAUUUUCUGUCUUACUUCGAAGCAGUUCUUUGUACACGGACACGUUUCUGAUGUUGAGUGGAAUGUUAGUUGCAUAUUCAUUUAUUGGAAGACUUCAACGUGGACAAAAUAUUAACGUCCUUAAGGAAAUUGCUGCUCGGUACUUCCGGGUUGUGCCUCCAAUGGCUGCUCUUUUAUUAUUCGGAACUUUUAUUUUGCCACUUCUUGGAGAUGGACCACAAUGGAACAUGCUGAUUACCAAUCAAUCAGAGAUAUGCAAACAAACUUGGUGGAGAAAUUUUCUGAUGAUUCACAAUUGGUUUGGUUUUGAAAAUAUUUGCAUGACGCACACACAUCACGUCGGAACCGACUUCAGUCUUUUUCUCAUCGCUCCUUUCAUGAUUAUGUGUCUACAACACAAAUAUCCAAAGAAGUCGAUGAGUGUAAUUUUCAUACUUGCUUUGAUAUCAACGAUCGGAAGAUUUUACAUAACUUAUGCUCGAGACAUGACUGUUUAUGUUUUAUUUGGAAUUGAGUAUGGUNAGGGAUGUUUCACGAAAUUAUUCGCGAAUGAUCAACGACAACUUAAAUUCAUGUCUAUUGACUUGUCAAAAAUGGAUUAUAUUGGAUUUGCAUACUCAGCUUUAGUUGCCGGUGGAGGAAUUUUUGGUUACAUCAAGGCACAAUCAGUCCCAAGUCUUGCAGCUGGUUUGACCUUUGGAGCUCUCUUAGCUGGAGGUGCUUACUUGAACUCAUCUGAACCACCAAGACCUCUUUUACAAUUGGGAACUGCUGCUGUUCUUGGAGGUUUAAUGGGAUACAGAUUCUACAACAGCGGUAAAAUAAUGCCAGCUGGAAUGAUUUCUUUGGUGUCAAUUGCCGUUCUCGUUCGUGGUCUCAUUGUUUACAAUCGACAUCUUCCCCUUGUUGGAUCUAAAGCCGAAUAAAUCAUUCUUUUUAAAGACGUAGUUUCAUCAAGUAGGUAAUACAUAAAAGGUUUCAAGGAUUAUUUUACAUUUAUAAUAUCAAAACACACAAAUAUUUUCCAAUAAAAUAGAAAUUUUGAAUAUUCA